CGGCUAUCCGAAGACGAAAUAGCUGAAUUUCUAACUAAAUCUGAACGGAGGAAAUCCAAAAUACGCAAAGUAUAUUACUCAGUAGAUGUUAUCUACUUUUUGAGGAGUAUCUGUUUAUACACUGAAACAGCAUCGAAAACUAGGCCAAGGUUUAGAAGAAGUUUACGAUGAGGUAAGUUUGUUAAGAACUUGAAGUUUACAUGAAUAAUAAAACAAUCAUUGAAUUCGGCCUUCGUAUGAUGUGAAGAAUAUGCAGAUCUUGGAGGAUGUUAUCCGCCUCGGCCUUCAGCCUCGGUGUCCUCGACCUGCAUAAUUCUUCACAUCCUACCCAGUCUCAUUCAAUAAUUGCUAACUAUAACUAUAUAACUGUAACGAUGAAGGCUGUUGAAUGCAGCCGAAAUAAAGGUUCAUCGUGGAGAAACAUCUGGUGUCUUCAAUUGUGAUGAAUAUAUUUUUUUCAUGGAGACUGCCGUCUUUUUUGAUGCUUGUGCCUUGAUAUAUAACUAUAACGAUAUAAAUAUAUAACUAUAUAAGGGUACAACUAUAACUAUAAUUUUUAUAUGGGGGAACAGUUUCAAAUUUAUCAGGAUCUUAUUACCUAUAGGUGUGGCAUUCAGAAUUAAACAUCUUCGCCCCAGCUGGAAUCUGUAAAAUAAUAAAAAAAAGUUUUAUCAAAGUAAUGUCAUGAAGAUUUUUUGUGCAGUUUUUGGCAUUUAAGAGUCGAGAUAUAUAUGGUUGACCUUAGCUGAAAUAUAGUCACUAAAUGGGAUUUCGACUAAUUAUCUCAUGGAGAGUAGUAAUUAAAACAAAGAACGUAAAGGGGCUGUGUCAGUGCUGCUUAUUAGUCGAGCUUGCUUUAGCAGCGAGACUCUUAAAAUGCAAGCGUUUCUUGUUUUUUUUUCUUCGUGUGUGCGCACCAAAAGGGAGAUCACGAUCCCAGGCGUUCUUAGCGGAGACCGUGGAAACUGGGAGACAAUAAUCGCGGCGUCACCGACAUUCAGAGCGCCAUGUAUGUUUCGUGAAGAAAGCUUAGAAAGAUUAAAGCGAAAGAUGUCCAGCUUAUACGGAACGGGUCGGUCCACGAAUUCUAUCGCUUGAAAGCGUUGAUUACUUUGGAACAAGUGAACACUUCGGUGGUCGAAAAAAAGGAAGAAUCUUAACAGGUGCUAUUCAAAAACGAGCAGGAGUCUAUUAUCAGGUUUAAAACAUCGAGGCGAAGCCGAGAGUUUUUAAACCUGAUAAUACACGACUGCUCGUUUUAUGAACGACUACAGAAUCUCUGAUAAAGAUCAAUUCAUUUUUGCACUAAUAUUAAGAUUUGAAGUUAUUUAGGUCUAAAAUAUUGAACAUAAAGCUCAGCCGUGUCUUUAUCAGACGAAACAUUAAUUUCUUUUAUUUUUUAUUUAUUUUUUUCGAAUCGAGGCCCUUGAGUAAUUCGUGUAUUUAUACACGCGUACUCAAUCAAUUCAGAAACAAAUCGCCGAAUAAAAUAAACAUCCUGAGGAAUAAUCGACCGUCGGUAAAGCAGGACCUGAGGAAAUCCUGUUUCGUUUAGAAUUAAUCACUUCCGCAUUUCUUAUCUUAUCUCCAAGCAAGCUCGAUUGAAUGGAACAGUCAACGUUAGUGAAGAAACUACUAGUAAAUAACAAAAUUGCUGCUUCGUGUCAAACAAAUAUAUCUCUCAAGCAUUAUUUCAAACAUUAUAAAUAACAAAAAUGAAAUUGAAAAAAACAGUGAGGCUAGGAAUUUUUAAAAAGCUACAAUUCAAAUUCCUUUCAAUCUUCUUGAAAGUUUGCACCCGUGCCUUCUCUUGUAUUUUUGUGUUAUUCAUGCCUCAGUCUUUAACGUAAAUAGUAACAGAAACCCGAAAACAAAUGCACACUUUGGAAACAGAAAACCGAGCCUUUGUAGAAAGAAAAAUGCCCAUAUAGGCACUACGGUUACUUCAUCCUAAAAUAAAUUUAGUGCUUAAAGCAAAAAAUGACUCAAAAUUACUCCCAACAAGAGACAAAGCUUGUCCGCAUCACAUGGGUGCGCAUGCGCUCAGUUCUUAUGCCUUUACCUGAUAAAAUCCAGUGACUCCAUUUGUGACUUGAUCAACCCGAAAGGUACCUAGAAAGAAUAUAAAUAGAAGAUUUUGCUCUUAACAAAAUUACAUGGCAGACGCUUAGCCCUUGUAAAGCUUAUAGUUUGUAAACCUUAUAGCUUACAGUUCUUUAAUCUGCUUGUCUUUUAACAGCUUGUAAAUUCUGUCCAAAAGGCUAUUUUAUCCACAACAGAGCCAUUGAAUGUAGGAAGAAUGCUAGAAAGUUAAAAACGGUAAAGGAUGAUCACACAAAACGGUAUUUCCAGUAUGCACGGCGCCCGCUAGUUGUUACUAAAGCAAUGUUCUAGCCAACUAAAGAAAGAGCCGGUUAUUUAAACAGAUUUUAGCCAGCAAUUAACAAAACCGCGUUCUAAGCCAUUUUCAGUUUGCCCAAUUUUUUUUAUCUCAACUCCAUUUAUCGUUAACAUUUUCAUUAAAGCAUAUAGUGUAGACUGGAAAAGCACUUAUUUUCUUAAAAUAAUUCACUAAGAAAGAAAUUUGGAGGUCAAAUGAUUUCUUAAACCACGGUCUAAGUUAGACUUAGCAUCGCUUAGAUAACCGACUCAUAGUGUUUUGCUUUCCCAAGAUCUCAGCCCGGGCAGUGGAGGAAGCUUUUUGUCCCGCCUAGUCGACCGAUGAUGAUGAUGAUGCUGAUGAUGAUGAUGAUAGUGAUGACGAUGACGAUGACGAUGAUGCCGUUAACAAUGACGACCAUCAUGUUAAUGAUGAUCAUGGCUAUAUUAUGAGGAAGAGGACUAUCUUUUAG